GUACUUUCAUCCUUUCAACGGCGUAUUGUCAUCCGUCAAUACUUUUGCUUUUUGGCUUGUAAAGGGUCGCGAAAGGCGCGAAGACAUGUUUUCAGGUAAAAACGGCAUUGAGAUAAAAAACGCAACAGUUGUUCAUCAAAUACGCGGUGUGGUUAGGUAAAAAGUUGAGGGUUUCAUACCCGUCCGUACCACGGAUCUUUAUCAGCUGUUCUUUAAAAAACAGAAUCGGUUUAACUAUAUACACAUAGAAAUAUACGAAACGCAAACGGUGUUAGUAAAUGUUCGGAUGCGUGAAGGUGCCUCGUUGCGAGAAAUUCUUCCCUAGAGGUUCGCUGUCCCUACAAGGGGGUGGGAGAUGUGUCACGUCAAGCUAUCACGCGGGGGUCCGCGAGCCUACCUCCCCAUUGCCAGCCCUGCGCUCAGUUCGCGUUAGUCCGUCGUUGGUAUUGAUCCGCUGGACAAAGGAAAACUGACCACCGGUUUAGACUCGCACAAGAAACUAUUCCUCACUAACAGUUCGGUGUCUGUACGGUGUGUGCGGUUCGGUAUUUCUUAAUUAUUAUAUUAGCGCGAAAAAAUUCGUAAUUUAUAUCCGUUGCAGCGCCUGCGUUCGAAAGUUUCGGUCGCUGUACGUGUCUGUGUGCAUUCGUCAAAACUUUACCGCAACUUUAUAUAUUUGUUUCGGAAAACUUUUCACUUUAUGACUUUUUCGAACUGCGCACUCAUUCGGGCAGUUUUCAUUGGCGUGAAACCACGUGUUGAAAGUUGUUGUGAUAUAGAAAUUGGAACGUGAUCAUGUCGGGAAAAUCUAGUAGCAAACGACCGCUGAGAGCUUUAACUGCACACGAAAAAUUGGACGCUAUCCGAAGAGUUCACGACGGGGAAAGUAAAGCAUCGGUGGCUAGAGAUAUCGGUGUACCGGAAUCGACUUUGAGGGGUUGGUGUAAAAACGAAGAUAAAAUAUCUUAUUUAUCUCGACAAUCUAGUCCUGAAACUGAUGAAUCUUUAGAUCGUUCGACGUUAAAUAAAAAACCGAAAUUGGACGAAUCGUUUAAUCAACCUUUCAAUUUAAGUUUGAGAACGAAUAAUUCUUAUACAAUACCUACGGAUACGAAACCAUUAAACUUGCAUAAUAAUACGAAAUCUAAUGUUGCUGAAUCAACUUUAAAAUCGACCAAUCACGUAUCGGAACGCGAAAGAAACAGAGCCGAACUCGCCAGAUUAAGCGUAGAAUUAGGUUUAAAUAGACCUGAAAUGUUUAUGCCGAAUAAUACGAAUAAUUUAUCGUUAUUAUCGGAUUUAAGUACGAAUAUUUCGUUGAUUACUCAAUGGAAUUCGAUAUUAACACAACAACAGAUGAAAGCACAACAACAACCGCCGAAUAAAAUCGAUACGACGAAUGCAGUAAGUUCUUCGAAUAAUUUAUUAACUACUGUAGAUCAAAAUAAUUGUCAGUUACCUAAAGAUGUGCAGUCAGUACAAGAUUCGGUUUGGUAUUGGUUAUCGUCUCAACAAAUGUUGAAUAAUAUGAAUAAUUCAGUUCCUACAUCGUCUGUUAAUAAUCAAACGGAAUUAACAGACGAAAGUUCGGUUAAUAAUUUUUGGGAGGAUUUUGGUAAUUAUCCGAAAAAAGGACCGUCGUUGUGGAAAUGGCUCAAUCAAUUAGCUUAUAGAGGUUUAGGAGUUAACGAUCCGAUAUUAUAUCAACAAUUAACUAAGAAUAUAUCGCCUAAAAGCGCCGUUUCAAUACCUGAUCAACAAAACGCCGAAAAUUUAUCAUUGAAAGACGAAAAACAAAAAUUGCUCGAGAAGGCUUCCAAUAAUAAAGUAAGAGCCGUUUUGGAUAAUAUUUUGUUGAAUAAUAACAUCACCGUUACCGAAAAUAAGCGUAGUAAAGACGAGGAUUUGGAUAAGCAAAGAGAAGCGCUUCUGCACGGCGAGAAAUUUUUGAAAUGGUUGGAAUCUUGUAGCGAUCCCACGGUAACUGCUGUCCAAAUAAUGCAGUUCCGAUUACUUUUGAACAACGUCAAAAACGGAGUCGAUAGAAAAAACAGCGAUACGCAAAAUAAGACCAAAGUCAAAAGAAAGUGAGAUAUUUUUUUUUAAUUUUGUAAAUUAAAGGCUGUUUGUAAACCAAAUAUGUUAAAAAUCAUAUUUAUGUAGUUUAUGUACAGUUGUCACGGGCGAAUUUCAUAGUUGAUUAUUUAGUACAAUCAAAAAGAAAUAUUUAAGAUGAAAAGAAAGCCUGUAGUUCCUUUUUAAAUGUUACCUUUAAUUUAUAAGUGUAAAUAUUAUUGUUAGAUUUAAUUAUAUGCAUUUUUGGGCCGCGAAAUUUUGACAUUUUUUGCAUUAUUUACAAAAAUUUUACGUAAUUUUUUUUCGACUAACACUAUAUAAUAUCCAACAGACAUUCUUCGACGGCUACUUUAUCAGGAGACUCGAUAAAAAGAUGAUUAAACGUCUUUGUUAAUUUUUUAUUACAAUUUGAAAGGUUUCAUUGAAAUUAAUAAUAAUUUUUCGUAUUUUACGUAAUUAAUUUCGACUCACACUAUAUAAUAUCCAACAGACAUUCUUCGACGGCUACUUUAUCAGGAGACUCGAUAAAAAGAUGAUUAAACGUCUUUGUUAAUUUUUUAUUACAAUUUGAAAGGUUUCAUUGAAAUUAAUAAUAAUUUUUCGUAUUUUACGUAAUUAAUUUCGACUCACACUAUAUAAUAUUCAACAGAUAUUUUUCGACGGAUACUUUAUCAGGAGACUCGAUAAAAAGAUGAUUAAACGUCUUUGUUAAUUUUUUAUCACAAUAUGAAAGGUUUCAUUGAAAUUAAUAAUAAUUUUUCGUAUUUUACGUAAUUAAUUUCGACUCACACUAUAUAAUAUUCAACAGAUAUUUUUCGACGGAUACUUUAUCAGGAGACUCGAUAAAAAGAUGAUUAAACGUCUUUGUUAAUUUUUUAUCACAAUAUGAAAGGUUUCAUUGAAAUUAAUAAUAAUUUUUCAUAUUUUAUGUAAUUAAUUUCGACUCGCACUAUAUAAUAUCCAAUAAAUUUUUUCGAUAUUUUGCUAGAAUAAAUCGCGUAUUAAAUACGAAAAAAAUUGAAUUAAUUUCGUUUUAAUGUUUCACUAAAAUCGCACGGUUUGUAUAGGUUAAAAGAGGGCCAACGAAAUGUCAUUAAAUUACCGCGUGUAGACGGGGUUGAAAUAAAUUGGGGUGCGUUUUUCAAUACAGACAAAGGGAAGUUAUAUAGGCUAAGAGGAUUUUCUGGGAAUAACUUUUCUAAUAUGUUCCCAUAUUUUUUUUUAUAAUUUUCUAACCAAGUUUUAAGUCUGUUAAUCAAAAAAUUAUCAUUUUGAUUAUUGUAUUUUUUUAAGCUCUAAUAAAAUAGAAAAAUUAUCCGAUUUCAAUGAUUUUUUUUAUAAAAACUUCGUUUUUAUGACGGAUUUAUCUCAUUUGAAGAUUUCAUAUAGAUUUUUGACGUGAAAUGUUAUCAUAACCCCACUUCUUCGUAAAUAUAAAUUUUAACACAUUGACGAGUGUCGUUCGAAAAUUAUCACUUUCUGCUUAAAAAUAUUUAAUUUAAAUACAAAUCAAUAAAUAAAAACCCACGUUUUAGUCAAGAUUUUCCACCAGAUCGUCCUCGAAUUGCUUGCUAUUUGACAAUUGAAGUAUUUAACAGUAUUAUUUAACAGUAUAAUUUUAUAUGAAUAAAUUUUGGUAAAACAUUGAGUCAGUUCGGUCCUGUAUAGUUUCGUCAGAUAUCUUCGUUUUCUGGGUAUAGUUCCAAAAUAAUAUUCAAAAUGAUGUUGUCUACUUUUUUGUAGAUAAAAAGGCAAUAGAAUUCUGGUUUGUUUUAUGUCGCGAUAGUCAUUUAUGGUUUUUAUAAUAAGAAACUGUGUAAAUUACACCAAAAAAAAACGCUAGAUAUGUAGAGAAUUAAUAUAUACGAAAAGAUCGAAAACUAAAAACUCAAUAAUUAAUUAAUUAAUGGAGUACUUUAUGAGAAAAAGCAUCAAUAAAUUCGCUAUAUACUUAUAAUAUUAAUACAGGGCGUAAUAAAUAAUUGGGUCCAUAUAUAAUUAUGCCGAUCAAUAAUUGAGGAUGUAUGUACAAUUAACAUAUUUGGACAGUUGGAACUGGAGAUAAUUUUCUUUUAUCAUUAUUAAACAAUUAAAGUCAUGAUUCAUUACAAGGUAUCUCAAAAUUAUAAUUAUAUUAAUCACGUAUUGAACUAAAAUAUAGUGUGAGUCAAAUGUCUCGUAGAUUGAGACUAAAACGUAGAAAAUAGUGCUGAAAAUGCUUAAAAUUUUGAGGUUAUGUAUUAUAAAUUAUAAUUAGAUAAUGUAGGAAUUUGCAUUUGUGGUAAAAUUCCUCGAAUUGUGCCAAUGUUUUCAAAUUUUGCUCAAGGAUAAAUGUACCUAUGACAUCCGAUCAGCAACUAAAAAGAAGAAUCCCUAUUUAAAAUAAUUUUAAUAUAAUUGACGUAAUCGUUGACGUUUCGAUCAAUAAUUAUUUUGUCUAAUAAUUCUUCAUGUAUCAAUUUUUUAUGUUUUAUCCACUAAUUCAUUGGAUUAUUUCUUUACGCAAACAACCGAAAGUCGUUGGGAUGCAAAUCAGGGAAAUGUAGUGGGUGAUGAUGCAAUUCAGUUUAUUUCAAUAAAUUGUUUUUUAUUUUUUUUUUCGCAUAUGGGACUAUCGAUCAAAUAAUGUACAGUAUUAGUUAUUGUUGAUUUUAGUACGUACAAUGUACCGUGUGUAUCCCAAAUACAGAUAUUUUUUAAUAGAUUUUUACGUCUUUCGCUGGAUCCAAUUAACUUAUGUGGAUGCCUUUGUGAUGUGUAUGAAUCUAAUACCUAUUUUUGACUUACUGAUUCGAUAUUUAUAUUAAAAACAUUAUUUUUUAUCACCACUGCAUCUAUUCUAACAAUUACAAUAUACAAGGUAUUUCGAUGAAUAACUUAUCGUCUUCAGUGCGUUUAAUUUGACAUUUGUUAUUUAAUAAAUUAAAAACGAACAAAGAAAUAUGAUUUUUUUGUGAUUUAUUGAUCGAAUCUAAUGAUUAAAUAACUUUUUUUAAAUAUCGAUCUUAUAUUUUGUAUCUUACGCCUCUGUGAAAUAAUCAAAUAUUAAUAAACAGUCCGAUAGUAAAUUUUGCAAAUACAACCUUAAUUGAAAUAUCUUGUAAGUACAAUAAAUAGUUAACGGACAAACUGACAGUUCGAAGUUUGUAGUUUCUAUAUUUAGUUAUUGACCAAAAAGGUUCUACAAUGUACAGAGUGUCCGUAUAAAAACAAAUACACAGCAGAGACGUAUAGGGGAUACCAAUAAUAAUUUUCUAGCUUAGAUUACACCUUAAGAAUGCCCUUAAUACCUCAUACAAUGUAUGAAAUUUGGAAUUUUUAAGUUGGAAAGUUCGAAAUUUUUGAAUCCUCAGAAUGAAUUUGGUUCUGAUUGUUGCUUAGACGUAUCUGCUAUACAUCGGUUGUUUGGGGGACACCCUGUAUAAGAGGCGUCAAUUUUUUUUGGUUUAUUUAAUUAAAAAAUGAAAAACCGUUGCUGAUUGGAUAAUUUAACUGAAUUCUCUAUCGCAAUGAGCAUAAGGUUGUUAUUUUAAAAAUGACUAAAGUUAGUGACUAAAAAAGAUUUUGUUUAAUUUUGUGUUUUUUAUUCGUAAUUUUGACGCGUGGCUCUGGUAUUUAGUUACCAAUUACCUACUUUGCCAAAUAUUUCCUUAUUUUUGAUCUCGUUUUUUUUUUUGAAAUACACCGAGAACAACUCACAAGUGAUAAGUUUGAUUUUCAAUAUUAAAUAUGCCAAAAAUUGUAUUGAUAUCGGUGUAUUUCGAUGUUUUGCGACACAUACCAUGAAAUAUUAUUUUUUUUGUAUAUUAUUAAUAUGGGAUAUUUUUGUACUAAUAAAUUUCUAAAUACUUAUUUCAUAUAGAA